GUGCGCUCCAGAUGAUACCCCCGGCGCUGCUGGGCUGGAGCGGCAGGAGGCCCGCGGCCGCGGAACUCAAGGCGGAGCCUCCGGCAGAGAUCGGGCAGUCGCCGGCCGACGCCGCCCGCUGCCUGAACCGGCUCUGCGGCGGCCACGGGGCGCUCGCGCCGGCGCCGCUGCUGCCGCUGGCGCCGACCCUGGCGCUGAUCUGCCAGCUGCUGCACGGGCAGCCCGUCCCGGAGACCGUCGCGCGGCCGCUGGGCAGGACCAGCUCGUUGCUCUCCGGCUUCGAGAGCCCUGAGCGGCACCUGGAGCUGGCGCUCUCGCUGCACACGGACCAGGCAUCGGCGCGCAGCCUCGCCAGCAGCCUCGAGGCCGCCCUGCGCGCCCUCGUCGCCCUGUGCGAGUCCAGGGCCCUGCCGCACAAGUCCCCGCCGCUGAAGGCCGACCCCCGUGCCGUGGCCGCCCUCGCGCGCGCGUUGGCGCUGCUGGCCCUGCUGCCCGCUGUGGGCGGCGCCGGUCCGCCGGCGGUGGGGAAGGCUGCGGUCGAGCAGGCCGCCGGCGAGUGCGCUGUCGCCACGCGCGCGGAGCUCUUGCAGAGGUGCGCCAUCAAGGCCUGGGGCCCCGCGCCUGUGCCGGGCGAGAGGCAAUUGGCGCUCACCAAGAGCACGUUCGCAUUGAGCAGUGUCCGAGUCGGCAAGAGCCUGGCGUUCAAGCGGCCUUCCUCCCCGCGGUAA